GUAACAUUCCCCUACUGGAGCUGUUCUGUGAUUUGCGGGAAAUGGGGGUGUCCUAGCAACUAGGCUAUCCAGCAGCUAUUGACGAUUCCAAUGAUCUCGUAUAAAGAAACGGCCGAGGUGGAACGAAAGAGAGUCGGUCCAGCCGCUGCUCGGAGCUUGGGAAAGGAAGAGAAACGGCCUUUCGAAUUGCUAUCGCCGUUGUUCGGCGCCUUGUUCCUAGGUUUCUGUUUCGACAAAAGCUCGGGAACUUCUGUCCCUAGUUCCCCUUGGUCGUGCUAUCCAACUGUCUCCUUGAAGCUGCCCCCGAGAUUUUAGAAUAGCACUCUGGUAAAAAGUGAGGAGGCCAUUUGCAACCCACACCUCACCCGCCGAAGGAUGCUUGAGUCUAUUCGAGUCACUGAAAAGCUUCACUGGCCAGAGCAAGAACUGUCCAAGAAGUCCAUCUUGAAGCCUGAAGAACAGAAAUUUCUUUGCAUGAGUGAAACAAGAAGUGUUAAGUCCUUCAUCCUUAAGGACAACUUCACCACAGGGACAAGCAGCUACAAUGUUUUGCUGCAGAGCAAAGAAGAAAAAAAACAUCAAAAACAUUCAUCAGCCCGCCACAAAAGACUCCGGAAGCCCACCAAACCCACUCAUGGCUCACACAGUAAUGAGCGCCACAAGGUUAAGACGCCACUGUUUAUUCCCCCAAAUGGGUGGUGCUGUUUCAAAAGGCACUCCUCCUAUUUUAUUCCCAACUCACUCCGCAAUGGGAUUAAAUUAGCACAAAGUAUUUCAGUAACAGGGAACAGCAUAGGAUUGUCAACGCCACCCAAGAACAAAUCCAAAAAACAUUUUACCUUUAGCCUAGGAAAGCCCAAACAGUUGCAAACUUCUAAAAGCUGCUUAAAAGAUGGAGAUGCUACUGCUCGUAAGUUUUGUAUCCUCACUGCAAUCAAGCCUUCCAAUGUGGAAAGGGAGAAGAUAAAGUUCUUCAAAUCAGAUUUUACCUCUAACCCACAGUUUGAAUAUGCAAGUUCUGUCCUGCCCAGUGUACUUGAAAAGUACAGCCAAGCAUCCAGUUUAUUUCUUAAACAGGCUAUCAGAAUGAUGGAACUCACUUUGCAAAAAUAUGGAAGUUAUGAAAAUUUUGAACAGUCCACUGGAGGAAGCCUGCUGCCUAGGAGUCGCAUCUGGAAUCAUGUCCGAAAAUAUAUGGCAAAAGAAGGCUGCCUGGGCGAGAUUGUGGUUCAUCUUUCUGAAGAUUUGCUUUCUCGGGCCUCAAUGACUGUGGUGAAUGGCCGUCCAACUCUUACUAUCAAUAUUUCCACUGCAAGGGAACAUUGGUUAGAAGGGAUGCUCAGACAUGAAAUAGGAACUCAUUAUCUUAGGGGCAUUAACAACAAUAGCCAAUUAUGGAACAAUUGGAGCGGGCGCCGGAAGCAUGGGUUAAAACCCAUCAACCCCACUGAGGAAGGCCUGGCCAGCAUUCACAGUGUUCUGUUUCGAAAAGAUCCUUUCCUGUGGCGGGCUGCCCUCCUGUAUUACACUGUCUACCAAGCCAGCCAGAUGUCCUUCAGAGAGCUCUUUCAGGACAUUGGAAAAUUUGUCACUGAUCCCAAUACUAGGUGGGAUUAUUGCGUUCGAGCCAAGAGGGGUUGGACUGAUACUUCACAACCAGGGUGCUUUAGUAAAGAUCAGGUCUACUUGGAUGGCAUCCUACGACUUCUGAGAUACCGACAUUCUAUUGAUUUCUACUCAUUGACAGCUCUAGGAAAGGUGGAGGAUCCACGACUGAUUGAUCGUCGGAGAGGUCGGGAUCAGAAGAAAGGUCCAGGGUCGCCAUUGAAGGAGACAGGCGUUCAGACCGGAGGUCACAAAGUGGAAAACAACAGGCCGUAAGUCAGUCCAAUAAGACGGAAACAGUCGUAAGUUGGAGCACCACGUCACUGUGAUGAUCAGAUGUCAGAGAACAAGACAACUGACGCUCUUGGAGGAUACAGCAACAGCAGCAAUUGAAGUUUGUCUUGGAUGUACUCCAGUGUAUUAUUACAAUAGGUACAAGAAAAUACACACAGAGAUAAAGGAAAAGAUAAAGGCAAAACAGACACACCUUAUUGCUCUGCCAAACCAAGAGGUUUAAGCAUGUAAAAAUAAAUCAGCUGAAGGACUGAAUAUUUGCUGAAGUAAUUCUGGCAUAGCAGCAAAGUUACAACAGGCAUAUGGCUUGAAAGACAUUCUAGCACCAUUAAAGAAAAGGUGAAAAAAGGAAUUCUUAUGCUUCUUUCUAUGGAUAUAGAAUAUUAACUUUCUAAUGUUUACCAAAGGGAAAAAAAUCCAUGUUUCCAGAUAUGUUUGCAAAGGAAAGUCUGGAAUGUAAGAGCAAACUAUUAUGUGUUUUCCAUAUUAUUUAAAAUGUGAUCUCAUAUCCAAAAUGCUAAUGCAGUUUGGCUUUAAAAAAAUCAAAAGUAAGAAUUAAUAUUGUUAGUAAAUGUUCAGCCAAAUUAAUUUUUAUUACCUUUCUAUUUAUGUGUGAUUAUUUGGAGUUUUGCUGGACUGUACUUUGUAGAUUUAAGCCAUAAAGGUUUUUUAUCCCAGUAUCCCAUAGUGGAAGAAUUGUUUAUAGAUCAACAGUACUUUUCUUAUUAGGUGUAUCAUUGUUAUUACAAACAUUUUCAAAAAUUCCCAUUAGAUCUUGGAUCAGGGGUGAAAUGCUCCCGGUUCGGACUGGCUCGGGCGAAUAGGUAGUGAUGGCGGUGGGCAGUUCGGAGAACCGGUAGCAAAAAUCCCUCCCCCCCCCGGCCUCCAGCUUGCUUACCUUAGCUGCUGGUCGCAACGCCUGCCUUGCUUCGCUUGCUGUAAUCCCUGCAAUCCAUUGCAUCAGCAAGCAACUGAAUCUCCCUACCUGCAAUCAAGCUCAUCGGUGAGCAGCUCUAUCUGCCUGCCUGCCUGCCUGCAAGUUUUUUUCCCCUUUGGGAGCUUUAAAAAAAUAGUUAAUUGGGGUUUUUUAUAGCUGUUCUUUUUUUAGACCUAGCCAUUUAAAGUUUAGGAAGUUUUAAAUUUAGCUGUUUUAUA